AUGGCUAUCAGACCUAAAGGGCCGCAGGGCAAAGAGAAGAGGAAGGGGAGUCAGAGCCCCUUUUUCACCUGUGUUGCAGGGUCCUGUUUCCAGUUGUCAGGUAGGGAUGCUGUGCAAACCAUCUCCUCGUCUGUCCCAGGCUUAUGGAGGAGCACUGACUUGCUGGCUUCAAGGAACCACGGUGCUGAAAUGGAACAUAUAUUUUAUUCUUUUUUAAUUUGCAGUCAGAUCGUUUUAGCGAGGACUCAGUUCAACGGAUACAACUGUGAUGCCCACUUGCACAGUCGCUUCCCUGCCGAGAGGGAUAUCAGUGUGUACUGUGGUGUUCAGACCAUCACACUUAAGGUCAACUUUUGCCCAGUUCUUUUCUCCGGCUACACGGACUCAGACUUGGCUCUAAAUGGACGCCAUGGGGAUGCACACUGUCGAGGAUUUAUUAAUAACAAUACAUUUCCCACUGUUGUGAUCUUUAGUAUCAGCCUGGCAACACUGGAGUCCUGUGGAAAUGCCCUCGUGGUGUCCACAGCUCAGGGACCUAAUGCUUAUGGAAAUCUGUCUCUGGUGCAGAUUGGAAACAUAUCAGGUUAUAUUGACACCCCUGACCCCCCAACCAUUAUCAGCUAUCUGCCAGGGUUGCUCUACAAGUACAGUUGCAAUUAUCCCCUGGAAUACCUGGUCAACAACACACAGCUAGCCUCGUCAGCUGCUGCUAUCUCAGUGAAAGAAAGCAAUGGAACUUUUGUCAGCACGCUAAAUCUGCUGCUUUACAAUGACUCAUCAUACAUUCAGCAGCUGUCCAUUCCUGGGGCAGGACUGACCCUGAAGACACGGGUGUUUGCAGCUGUCAAAGCUACAAACCUGGACAGAAGAUGGAAUGUGCUAAUGGACUACUGUUACACUACACCCUCUGGAAACCCAAAUGACGAGCUUCGCUAUGACCUUUUCUUCAGCUGUGAUAAGGACCCACAGACCACUGUCUUUGAGAAUGGGAAGAGCCAAAUGGGACGCUUUGCCUUUGAAGUAUUCCGCUUUGUGAAGCACAAGAACCAGAAGAUGUCCACUGUGUUUCUGCACUGUGUUACAAAGCUGUGUCGAGCGGACGACUGUCCCAUGCUUAUGCCAAUUUGUGGCAGCAGGAAAAAGAGAGACGUCUCAGUAGGAAAACAUUCAAGCAAGUCCUCAGGAAAUGCUGUUCUGACCGCCGGGCCCAUCAUUACUCGAAGUGAUGAAACACCAACUAAUAAUUCUCAACUGGCCCUUCUGAAUGCUCCAGAAAUUCAAAUGAACACAGUGACCAGCAUACUCAUCUCAGGAGUGGUCGUUCUGGGUGUUAUAAGCAUCUGCAUUUCCCUCUUCUUCCUUGUGCUCCUGAAAGGCAGGAAUACUCUUGUCACAAGUUUGUCUGGUGUCCGAAAUGCAGCGUUCAACGGAGCGCAUUAACUCAACUAACCACAGGCUCAUCUCCAAACCCUGAGCAACUGGAGACAAGAUGCUUUUGUAUGUAGUUGUUCAAAGAGUGGCAGAAAUGUUGCUAAAGAAAAAAAAGUUAUGCAUUUUUUAGAUAUGUUCAAGUUUGUAUAUAACAGUAUAUUAUACAACAGAUGUUCAGAUUAUUUGAUGUAUUGGAGAUACUAAAAUGUAAUAAACACCAAACUCCUGGAAA